GAGACACAAGCACAAAUCUUAGAUCUUUUUUCAGGAGGGGGAAAAAAAGACUUAAUCUUUUUCAGGUCUUACUUCUCUCUUAUAAACUGAUGUGCCAAGAAUCAGUACUCUUCAUAUAGCUUCACAAACGCUUUUGUGAACAACAAAAGCCGAAAAGCAAAGAGAAAAAAUAGAAAGAGAAGAGAGAUCGAUCCCCACUAUGGAGAGAAACGACGUAGAUUUGACGAACGGUUUCAAAGAACAAAGCAUCUAUGGCCGUGUAAAAGCCAUUAAAGACUCACCGUGGUGCCUUGGAGAUCAUCAUCAUCAUCAUCAUCACCAUCGUCAUCAUGAUCAUCACCGCCAAGAUCAUCAUCACCAUGAUGAUUAUCUUCUAGGGUUUUCAUGGCCUCCAAGAUCUUACACUUGCAGCUUCUGCAAAAGGGAAUUCAGAUCCGCUCAAGCACUCGGCGGGCACAUGAAUGUUCACAGGAGAGACAGAGCAAGACUUAGAUUACAGUCAUCAUCGUCGUCAUCGACACCAUCUCCUCCUCCUCCUCCAAGCUCCCUCCAAAGCCCUAAACCUAACCCUAACCCUAAUUUCUCUCCCUCUUCCAUGGCUUCUUCUCCUCCUCCUCCUCUAACCUUAUUCCCUACCCUUUCUUCUUCUUUCUCACCCGUUUCUCGGUCUUGUUUGUCCUAUUCCUUGGCCCCCAAGCCAAAACAUUCAACCGAAAAGGCCCCUAAAUCCGUGGAACCUUCUCCUGCUGUUGAAGAAGUCAAAAGGUUGACCAAGAAUGAUUCUUUCAGGUUCUUGAAGGAGGACGGGAUCAUCAGUUUGGAGCUUGAGAUCGGUCUGAUCCACGAAUCAGAACAAGAUAUAGAUCUUGAGCUCCGCUUGGGCAUCGCAUAGAUAGCCAAGCCGUACGUAGAGAUGCAUAUAAUGGAUCCAUGAAAUCAGAUCGUAAGGGGGUUAAUCAAUGUGCUUUUGCUCAUUUUAAUUGGUUUUAGACUUAAUGCUUUAAUUAAUAGCAUCAUCAUUUACGAGCGAUUAAGCUAUUAUGUUGUUAGCUUAAACCUAUGCAUGGUUUUUAUAUCUUAAAAUGUAUGUUUUUUGGUACUAUUAAC